AUGGCGCCCACUACAAGAGAGGCUUCCAAAAGGGAGGAGAAGGCUCCUGACACGGCACCUCCUGCCUCCGAGGCCGAGCCCGGCUCCAAGCACAAGGUCGAUCCUGACACUGAAGGCGCCAGCGAGUCGCCCAAGGCGAAGCGAACCAAGACAGAGACUGCGGAUGACGAGUCGACGAAGAAAGAAACCAAGGACACCAAGGAUAGUGGUGCUGAAGCUGAGAAGGCCGAGGGCCAAGUAGAGGACAAGGCUGUCCAAGAAGACAAGAAGACUGCUGUUGAGCCGCACGGUCGAGAGGCAUCCAAAGCUGUGCCGUCCAGUAUCCUCGAGAAGGGCAUCAUCUACUUCUUCUUCCGUGGCCGGGUCGGCAUUGAUGAGCCUUCUGCCGUCAAUGAGAUUGCGCGGAGCUAUAUCCUACUCCGCCCGAUCGAGCAGGACGCCAAGCUCGGAAGCGGUCCCAUUGGUGAUGCUGGCAACAGCCGCUUAUGUGCCAUCCCAAAGAAGGUGCUCCCCCAGUCUGGCAAGGACAGAUGGAUUUCUUUCGUUGAGAAGACCGGCGCCUCGUUUCAGCAGCUCAAGGAUGAGUUUCUGGCGUCCAAUGACUAUGAUACCAUGACAGCCGGAACCAGACACUCUCCCGCCGCAACGCCUGUGGCUGAAGGCGUGUAUGCGAUCACCAGCACUGGGUCCGAUAGCCACCUCGCGUACAUUCUCACUAUUCCCGAAGAACUUGGGGAAGUCCAGAAGGAGAUUGGUCUGAAACCGAAGGGCAGCUUCAUCAUCAGCACCAGAAACCCGCAAUAUCCUGCUCCAGCCAAUGUACGUUUACCAAAGGGCCCAGACUAUCCUGAGGAAAUCCUGAAGGAGUUUCGGUCUCUCCGAUGGAUGUCCACACAGCCCAAGCACCUCGACUAUGUCAAUACUCAGUUCCUUCUUGUCGGCGAGUCGUCCGGUGUCGAAAAGGCUCUAGAGCCCCAGAAGUCCGAUGAGAAAGAGAACAAGCAAGAACCUGCCGAGGAGUUGGAGAAGCUUGAGGAAGAGGAUUUACAGAGGCUCAAGGGUCUAAGCGAUGAUGACUCUGGUCGGAUCUUUGCAGAUCUGAAGGUCGACGCUGAUGACUAUCCUAAGCUACAGACCACGUUCUGA